UCCUGUUUGCUGCCAGGCGUCUGGGGAGGCGGCGGCAGCUGCCAAGGAGGGCCCUGCAGGCUCCCUGCCCCUGCGUGCGCGGGGUCACCGCUGCCAUGCUGGCCGGGUGGGCUGUGGCUCUCCUGUCCCUGACCUGGAGCGCCCACCAGAGCCUGGCCGUCCCCCGCAUCGCAGAGUGUGGCCUCUCCUGCUCCCAGGGCUUCACCUGCAGGAGCCGCGGCAACUGGAACAUAUUGAACAGCUUCUGCCGGCCACUCCCCGGGUCCAUGGCCCCAUCAGUCCUGGGGGCCCUGACACUGUCCACCGCUAUGAAGUGUGCCCCCCAGGGCGGCUGCUCCCUGCUGCUGCACGUGCACGCCUCCCUCACGCUGCACGAGAGCCUGCGGGGGCUGGAGCUCUGCUCCAUGAGCCCAGACACCCAGGAGACUCAGUGUCACAGCGUGCGGGUCUCCAGGGCCUCUCGCCAGCGGCAGGAGGGGCAGCAGCUCCAGGUGCACUUCAACUGCUUUGAGGUGAGAGUGGCCCAGAGCCUCUACGUCACCCUGAGGACUGUCCCUUACUUCUGUGGGGUCCAGCUGGAGCAGCAGUACCGGGUGAAAGACUGCGGGGACGAAGACGUGAGGAGGAACGUGCCGGACUGCUUUGCCAGGAAGCUAUCCUACCGGGUGGACCGCAGCCGCAAGGUCGUUCUGGUACAGGUGCCGGAGGCCCCCAGGGGCCCCGACUACUACGUACGCCUCUGCCUCAAGUGGAUCGCCUGCGAGGAUGCAGGCGCACCAGUGCGGGUGACAGCAAACAGCGUUUCUCGGAUGGUUUCUCUGCCCUACAGCCAGGAGCUGCCCUGCCUGUGCCUAGAGAGCUGGUCUGCGACCCUAGAUGCAGUGCGGACACAGACCUGCCCCUUUGAAAACGACACAGAGGCGCUGUGGGAGACCAUCCGUUACCACCCGGCAAGCCAGGCGCUGAGCUGGGAGCCGGCCUGUCCGGUGAGAGGCUACGUGAGCCUGUGCUGGCGCCCGGACCCAGGGGCCCAGUGCCAGGAGCUGAAGCACUCAGCCCGGUCUGCACAUGGCAGGGUGCAGUACUCACUGGUGGACACCCAGCCUCAGCUCUGCCUCAAGUUCUCCACCAGCCGGGGCUUCUCGGUGAGCUGCCCUUUCCAACGGCCAGGCUUCCCAGCCUGGAAGAUGACCGUCCGGCCAGCACCCUUGCGGACCCACCUCCGGGUCACCUUCUUCUCGCCCAGCCCUGCCCACUUCCAAGUGCGCCUGUGUCACAGAGGGAAGAUGUGGCCCCUUGCCUGCCACCAAACACUCCAGGCCGCCGCCCUCUCUCCAGCCUCAGCCAACCUCACCGCAGACCCCGUCUUCGUGGACGUUCCCGGGGAGGAGGCCUGCGGGCCCAACACCUGCAUCCAGGGCUGGAGGACUGACGUGCUCUUCUCGGGCCCCCAGCAGCUGUGCGCCCUGCAGUGCGCGGUCACCCAGGGGACAGCUGACCGAGAUGGGUGUCUCAUCAAGAACAAGCAAGUUCCGGGGCUGGACUGCCGGGUGCAGUGACGACCAACUCGUGCCUGGGCACCCGAACCUUGACGGAGCGGGCCAGGCUCAGAGUGCGGGGUGACCCCAGGCCGCGGGACCCAGCUCCCGGAGUUCCGCAGCUCCGUGCGGCCCGUGAUGCUGGGCUGGGUGCUUUGACUCUGACAAACAGCCUUCAGCCCCUUCUUGACCUCCCUGGGUGGGCGACAGAAUGACUGGGGGACAGCCCUAUCCUCAAAUCCUCAGAUGACCUGGCCCCUGACCUUCCCUGUCUCAGCUUGGUCCAGGCUCCCUCCGGACACCCCAUGGUCACAGCCACCCUCCCUGCCGGACAGCUAACGGAGCUUUUCCCGGGUGCUGGUGCGCAGGGUGUGACCCCGUCCUUCCUGUAGCUGACCAGCCCCGGUGGUCCACGCCCACCUCUAGCCCAGAGCACCCCCAUGCCAAUGGCAGACUCCUCGUUGCCCAGGCUGGGCCUUCACGCGGCCCCCACCUCACGCCCAAGCACCCAGCUCCCUCCAUUGCCCCUCCAAGGACCCUGCCACAUGCCUUCCAGCACCGCCGGCUUGUCCCAGUGGCCCCAGAGCUCAGGCCGCUCAGAGGUCACUCCCAAACCUCACCAGGGCAGCGCGGUGGGGCUCCAAGGCCACCUGCUUCAUGUGCCACUCAAAAGCAUGUCAGACUCUUCGAGGGCCACCGUGUGCCAUCGGUGCUGGGUGACCAGCGAGAGACCCUUGGCCCGGCAGUGCGACUCCUGCGCCCCAGGCCCUUCCGGGGCCAUCCUCACAAGGACCUCCCCUGCGCUGCUCCUGAGCUGCCACCAGGAGUCUGGGCAUCGCCUCCACCUGAUGAAGGCGGGCAGAGGGACAGGCGUCUGCACCUGGCCCUGGACAGUCAGCUGUGCUGCCCUCUGCCCGUGCCAACUGCGGUCCGGGUCCCACUGUCUCUCCUGCGGACCCGGGGCGGGCAGAACCAGCGUGCCCCCUCCGCCCCGUCCACCUGGCUCGCCUCUUCCCUUAAGGACAGAGAUGGCACUGGCCGGGUCAAUAGCCCCUUAAGGCAAGUGGGGGGAGGGUCACGGGUGCACCUGACAAUGGGCCCAGGUGGUGGCUGCCGUGGGGUGAGGGCGGGGUCACGGAUGGGAUGGAGCGCGCCAGCCCCCACCACGUGGGAGGCCCCAGACUGCACCCAGGACACCGCAGUCUGCGGGUGCCGGCACGUCCUCGGUCACCAGCCCACGCCUGCCCGGGAGGUCAGUGCUGAUGACCUCGGGCCCCACCACAGGGGAUGGUAAAGGAGGUGGGAGGGUCACAGAUUGGCCGGGGUGCGGGUUUGGACACUUGUGUGCCCCAUGCGUCCUUUCCACGAGCAGGCACCCACCGGGUACGGCACUGACCUGGCAGCAGGAGCAGACGGCAUGGCAAAGGUCGUGCCCCCUGCGGCUGCAACCAUGCCCAGGUCUGUCCUGCACUGAGGGGCUUGCGGUCGGGACUCUCAGCCCUGAAGCCCAAGCGGGCAGGACCUGGGUCACCUUAUCUGGAACUGACAGGCCACAGGCUAAAUACGUACAUUCC